AUGCCUGCGCCCGCAGCCCCACAGCCCCGCCUGCGCCCCGCCGCCCCGGCGCUCCUGCUCCUCCUGCCGCCUCUCGCCACCGCCCUCGCCUGCCACCACCUGCGGCCCCGCCACGCCACCUUCCCCUGGGACAGCCUCCAGCUCCUCCAGGCCGUGGCUCCCAGCCCGCCACAGCCCUGCCACCACCCGCACCCGCCCGCCUUCCCCGACACCCUCCUCCACACCCACCGCCCACAGCAAGCCGCCCACACCGCCCUACGCAUCCUCCAGCACCUCUUCCACACCCUCAGCAGCCCCAGCACCCCCCAACACUGGGACCACGACGCACGCCACCGCCUCCUCAACAACCUCCAGCACCACAUCCACCUCCUGGAGCAAUGCGUGACAGCCAACAGGAUGGACUUCCAAAGGCAAGGGCCCCGCAACCUGCCGCUCACCAUCAACAAACACUUCAGCGACAUCCAACACUUCCUCCGCACCCACAACCACAGCGCCUGCGCCUGGGACCGCGUCCGCCUCCAGGCUCGCGCCUGGUUCCUACAGGUGGGCACACUGAUCCGGCAAAUGACGAGCCAAGACGCUCCUGCCCCCCACCCAGCCCACCUGCACCAGAGGUCCAGCCCCACCCAGCGCUGGCAGCCGCGUAUCGAGCAGAGGCGGCAGCAGCCCGGGCUGGGAUUGCUCAGCACUGCUCACACCUCUGCCAGCCAGCAGCCCGCACCGACGGGGAAACGGGCAUGACCGCGGCAAGGGCCCGCACCCCUGCAUCAGGGCCACAGCCUCGCUGCAAAGGGAGGACGAGGAAACUGCGCUGCUGCAUGCUUACCGACAGCUGCGAGGCUCUGGGGAGAGGGCUGGUAUUUCUUACCCACCGUGUGAGCUAGCCCGUCCAGCCUGUGACCUCCCCCGCUGGAGGGGAAGGCCCCCAUGGACACUGCGGGACUCUUACGCCAAUGACCACUGAUCACAAAACUCUAUCUAUUUGUUUGCUUGUGCGUUAAUUUAUUUAUUUAUUUAGCCAGCCAUUAAUUUAAAAAUUUGCAUCUUU